UUGACAAAAUCUUUUCUCGGAAUCAUUAGUGACUCAAGAUAAGUAUUAUUGAGCAUUUAAGGCUUGGCUGAGGGUAUAAAUACUAGCGAAGGCUCUGAACACGUGCUGCUACUUCAAAGUAGUUUUUGCCGGAAUCAAGAUUAACUUACACGCAGCUUUGCGGUCAAGGGUUGGACGUUGGAAAGCUACUCCGUACAAGCUUCAUCAUAAGAGAACUCUUCUUGAGUGGAAUCAUCAGUUGUAAUCUUCCUCCAACUGGAUUCGGAAUUGCAAAUUUUUGCGCAAUUGUAAUGUCUAAUGCAGGGAUAUUCUUUCACAAUGGUAGAGUCCUCGCGAAAGCUGGAAUCGGACUCAACGCCGAGGCAAUAUUCGUCGACAGUCUCUUGGUGAUAGAGAAGAGAAUCGCAGCCAUUGGAACUCGGAAAGAAAUAGAACCAGCAGACUUGACAGGGAUCCAAGUUCACGAUUUGCGGCAGCGAACAGUCCUUCCAGGCUUCAUUGACGGCCACAUGCACCUCCUCCUGCUAGGACAAUCUCUUCGGAAAGUCGACUUGUCGAACUGCAAGACGCUGCAUGACAUCCGAUCAAGCAUCAAAUCGUACGCACAGGCAAACCCUAGUCUUCCAACAAUUCUCUGCAAAGGAUGGAGGCAUUCAAUGACUCCGAACGGGGUCUCGGCAGCUUUACUCGACGACAUUGAUCCACGCCCUAUAUUUGUCGAUGCGAGUUCGCUACACUCAUCUUGGUGUAACACCGCAGCUUUGAAAGAACUCGAGGUCGCCGAAAUGCCGGAUCCAGCAGGCGGACGCAUUCAUCGCGAUGAACACGGGAACCCCUCUGGUGUUCUUGACGAAGGGGCAAUGAUGUCCAUCAUCUGGCCGUACCAGGCCUCAUCAUCCCCCAAAGAAGAGCGCAUCAAAGCCAUUGUCGCUGCAGUAAAGGAGUAUAAUGCAGCAGGAUACACGGGUGUGGUAGAGAUGGCAAUGGACGAGGAGGCCUGGGACGCAAUCAUCACCCUUCGAGAUACCCAGCCCGAUCUCCCGAUCCGUGUGGCUGCGUACUGGCUGAUCAAGCCAACAACAGAUCAUGAGGCCAACUCCCGUCAAGUUCGUCGCGCUCUCGAGCUAAGCCGGGCUUACAACUCCACUAAUAGCCCGGACUUCCGGAUUGUCGGCAUCAAGGUGAUUUGCGAUGGUAUUAUCGACGCCUGCACGGCAUUUCUCUCGGAACCGUACGCACCCGCGGGGAAGCCCCCGCCGAUUUGGGCACCAGAGUACCUGGAUCCCGUCGUCAAGGAAGCAAAUGACGGCGGUCUCCAAGUCGCACUACAUGCCAUCGGAGAUGCCGCGAUUAGAAUGGCAAUCGAUGCCAUCGAGAAACACACCGCCGCUGGCCGCCGCCAUCGCAUCGAACAUCUAGAACUUGCGUCACCAGAAGACGCAGCUCGUCUAGGUAGAUUGGGUCUCACAGCCUCUAUCCAACCAGUUCAUUCAGACCCAGCCGUUCUCAUAGAAUGGCCCCGCUUGAUUGGAGAAGACCGCUGUCAUCGUGCAUUUGCCUACCGCGAAUUCGCCGACUCAGGUGCUUUGAUGGCUAUUGGCAGCGAUAGUCCAACUUCGCCGUGGGCACCGAUGGAGAAUCUGUACGUUGCGGCUACGAGGCGAUCUGCAAGGGAUCUGACUUUCACUGGGACUUUCAACGAGCACUUCCGACUUGGACUCUGUGAGUCUGUGACAGCCGCUACUUGGGGCGCUGCUAGCAGUGUGUUUGACGAUGAGCGUACGGGUAGUCUUGCAGCUGGAAAGUGCGCUGAUUUCAUUGUGGUUGAUAUGAAGUGGGACGAGAAGAGCAUAUUGCAAGCUCGAGUGGAAGAGACUUGGUUCGGCGGCCGGAAAGUCUGGGAUGUCCGGGACUCAACGUCGGAUUAGAUUGUCUCAAUUCAGUUGAGUACACCUUUCGGGCUUU